AUGACGUUGACGAUGCGUUUGAUACAAAAGCAGGCAGCAGGAGCAAGACCAUUAACAAGAGCAUUUACAAGAGCAUUCGCCACACAGCACAAGGACUCACCGACAUCGCCACAGACGAGCAACAGCAGAAACCAAACACCGAGUACAGAGAAUGUGGCUAGUAGAGUGCGGAGUAAACUGAAUGAUGGACUCGGCUUAGACGACUUUAUCCGUGGGCCUGAGCACCUCGACGAUGCCAUCCAAUCAGCCAAAGAAGACAAGGAGGACAAGGAACGUGUGCAAUUGGGUAAAACAGGCGAGCCACGUCUACCAGACUGGUUAAGAAGCGCUCCCGGGGCUACGGUGCCAACGUCGAAAUCGUACAAGAAAAUUAAGAACGAUUUGAGAGGAUUAGGAUUGCACACAGUAUGUGAAGAAGCUCGUUGCCCAAAUAUUGGAGAAUGCUGGGGUGGUUCCACCUCAGAUAACGCAGAAGAACGCGCUCACGCUACAGCUACUAUCAUGCUUAUGGGCGAUACUUGCACACGUGCUUGUAGAUUUUGCUCUGUUAAAACAAGCAAGGCUCCUCCACCACUCGACCCACACGAGCCUGAAAACACAGCUGAGGCUAUCAGUAGAUGGGGCAUUGGUUAUGUCGUACUGACCUCGGUUGAUAGAGACGAUCUCGUUGAUGGCGGUAGCAAACAUUUCGCAAGCACUAUCAUGAAAAUUAAACAAAAGUCUCCUAAUAUGCUCGUCGAGGCGCUGACGGGAGAUUUCCACGGCAGUUUGGACUCAGUCAAAACACUGGCGAUGAGUGGAUUGGAUGUCUACGCUCACAAUGUUGAGACAGUGCCUGAGUGUACGCCAUUCGUGCGUGACAGGAGAGCAUCUUUCGAGCAGUCGCUUAAAGUGCUUCAAGUCGCAAAAGAAGAGAGAGGUGGACUUAACAAUCCCAAAGUUGAAGGAAUGCAAGGAUUAGUGACUAAAACAUCGAUUAUGCUCGGAGUUGGUGAAACGGAUGAGAUGGUUGUUAAUGCUUUGCGUAGAUUGAGAGACGCGGAUGUGGAUGUCGUAACGUUUGGACAGUAUAUGCGACCAACAAAGCGACACAUGAAGGUAGAUCGAUAUGUACAUCCGGAUGAAUUUGAGCAAUGGAAGAGAGUGGCAGAGGAAAUGGGAUUCCUCUACGUCGCGUCAGGACCAUUGGUGAGGAGUUCAUAUAAGGCUGGUGAAUUCUUUAUUGAGAAUGUGUUGCGUGGUAGCAAGAAAGGCAACGUGAAAAAGGCGGUUGCAGAACUAAGCAGUGCGGAAUCACCGCUCAAGAGUAAAGAAAACGACAAGGGAGAACUCGUUGAUCUUUACGUACCACGCAAGUGCCAUGCCACUGGUCGUUUGAUUACACCAAAGGAUCACACCUCAACUCAAAUCUCAAUUGCUCAAGUUGACGCUAACGGUAAAAUGACCGAUGGCAGAGAAUUCAUUGCUUUGAGUGGAGACGUUAGAGCUAUGGGUGAAGCAGAUGAUUCUAUCAACAGACUCGCUACAGAGAGAGGUCUCCUUCGUAACGUUUUCUCUUACGCUAAGUAA